UUCUUCAGGAAUUGUUGGUAUCCGUUAUCGGUCAGUAAUUCUUCGGGCGACGAAAAUAUUGGAUUCCGCUCUCAGAGCCCGAGCGUGGAAACUCUUCCAGAGCUGAAUGCUCUACCCAGGCCGGCGGAGUCCUUUCAGAGACCGCCUUGGAACGCAGUCGCGUGCUGCCGGUCACGUUCCGUUGCAUUCAACGUCCAAGUGUACCUAUCCUAACCGAACCGUAACUAGACCGCCGUUGCAAAUCAACCCUAGCCCCCUGCUGCACGAACUCAAAUAUUAAUUCAAUAGAGCAGACAUCGUCAUAGUAACCGUAAACACCGCUCGAGACCGCUCGGAGGCGCGCGACCGAACCUCUAGAUCCCGUUUCACCGCGAACGAUUCACGUUACUUCGGCAAGAUGAGCAUGAUGCCGUUGAACAAGGUGCGCUGCGGCCCCGUAAUACCGAGGAAGUAUCCUCAGGUGGUGAUCGGUAGCUCGAAAGGCGAGCUGGGCUACCGAAUACGCGAGCGGGAGAAGUGCGACAUCGUUCCCUACGUGGACAGGUCCUUGAUCGAGCUGCACGAACAGCAGAAGAUGAGGGAGUACGAGAAUCUGACGAAGACCAUGGACUUCGAGCGGCAGACCGACAGGAAGAUCGGCAAGAAGAAACUUUGGAACCACGUGCAGCAAGAACUUUUGAUCAGAAAAGUUUCCGACCAAAGAUUAAUAGAUCGCCGUUUCAAUUUUGGCGGGAUAUCUUAUCAAAAGGUGCCCCUAAAGUGGUUACAGCUGCAACAAGUGCCUUGCUCUUCAAUUAAUGGUCUUCCGAUGUUCUCGAUAAAUUUCGCUGACACCGCGAUGGCUUCUGCAGGGUUGGCAGCCUACCAGGACUCUGUCAACGCUCGCAGGCAAAAGCUGCGGGAGGUUCUUCUGCGCGAGCAGAUGAGUCUGACUCGCGAGGUGGUCGACCAGGCUCAGCACGGCGACGACGCCAGGAUGGAGAAUAUGCGGCUGAAAACGGACGAACUGAAGAAACAGCAAGAGGAACGGCGUCUAGCACUGGUAGCUGCGAAGAGGAUGCAGCAGUACCUGGCGCAGUGUCCCGCAAUUCGAGAGAAUAUAAUGAAGAAGACUACGAUGGAAGUGAAGGAGUGCAACCUGGUGCAAAUGGCGGAGAACGAAGCGAGAAGGCAAGAGCGCGAAGAGCUCGAGAAACUGUGGCACAACCUGAUGCUGAAGGAGGUUGACGCAAGGAAAGAAAGGGAGAUAGAGGAAGCUAAAAGCCGCUGCUUGGUUGAUCGGGAGGUGAUGACGACCCUGGAGAAACAGAUCGCAGGGAAACUAGCCCUGGAAGAGCAUCUGAAGCGAGUUCAGCAGGAGGAUAAGGAGUACGUGGCUUGUCUGAAAGAGCAAAUGCGACGAGACGAGCUGGAGAGAUUGGAGCUCGAGCAUAAGAAGAGGCAGGCCUUGAAGAGCGACCUCCUCGAGCAGAUGAUGGACGCGAAGAGACGUCUGGCGGAAAAGGCUCGGCAGGAAGCUGAGAUGGACCACCUGAGAGACAGUUUGGCUGCUGCCGAUCUGGCCAGGGAGCAAGCCAAGAUCAAAGAAUCGAGCGCGAUCCUGCGCAAAGAACUGUUAGCCUACCUGCAGUACCUGGAGGAUCUCAGGAAAGAAGAAGCCACGAGGAACAUCGAAGUAGACCGCAUCAUCGCAGAGUUCGUGGAGAAAGCCGACGCCAGACGCAACCUAGCUGCGAAGCAGUUCAAGGAGGCAAAGAGUAAAGGUCUUCAGGAGGUCCUCCGAGGGCUGGACGAACAAUUGAAGCAGAACCGUCGAAAGGAAAAGGAAGAGGAGGAGAAACGCAGGCUAGAGCAGGAAGUGCUGCGGAAGGAGCUUGAAACGGAGGCUAGGCUGUCUGCUAACGCAAAGGAAGAGGCCAAGACCAGGAAACUGAGGUACAAGAAAGACCUGGAGGAACAACGCAGACUCGCGGAGGAUGCUAAGCGCAAGGAAACAGAGGAGCUGCGCACAUGGCACGAGCAGGAGAUGAAACGCCAGCAGGAGGACCUGAAACUCACCGAGGAGCUCCUGGCGGCCUCCGAUGUGAUCACGCCGCAUCCUUUCAAAGCCCUGCUGAAGGAAUGCGCCGCCAGAUACGCUGCCGAGAAGGAGGGCCAAUGCUAUUGCCCCCCUCCCCCGCCUACCGAAUAAUUUAAUAAAAGCUGGAAGAGCUAAAGAAGGUACAAU